AUGGUGUUCUCUUCAGUUCCAGUCUAUUUAGAUCCUCCCAACUGGCAUCAGCAACAAUCAAGUCAGCAACUAGGAGCAAGCAAUGAAAGUCCACAGCUUCCACCUCUUCCUCCGCCCCCUCAUCUUGGUGGUAGUGGCACUGCUGGCACAAUUAGACCUGGUUCGAUGGCUGAUCGAGCUCGGUUGGCCAAGAUACCUCAGCCAGAGGCAGCUCUAAAGUGCCCAAGGUGUGAAUCUACAAACACCAAAUUUUGCUACUUCAAUAACUAUAGCCUCUCUCAGCCCCGUCACUUUUGCAAAACCUGUCGGCGAUACUGGACUAGAGGUGGUGCCCUUAGAAGUGUUCCCGUGGGAGGUGGAUGCCGGAGAAACAAGAAAACCAAAAGCCAAAGUAGCUCAAAAUCUCCAGUUUCCAGUGAAAGGCAAAUGGGUGGUUCAACUCCCAGUUCCACAAGUGAACUUCCGUCACAGAUUUUGGGUCAUCUGCCUCAACAACAAUCUCAAUUACCCUUCAUGACCUCUUUACAUAAUCUGACUCAAUUUGGUGUGGGAAACAUUGGGUUAAACUUUGGUGGAAUACAGGGACAAAUGGGCUCAACGAGUGGUGCUAGUAGACAGACUGACAUGGGAUUUCAGAUAGGAAGCAAUUCAGGAAUGAGUAGCAAUGCCAUGUUAUCAGCUGGAGGAGUGCAACAAUAUCCUUUCUUUGAGCCUCCACCCACAGGUUUAUAUCCAUUUCAAAGUGAAGGUGCUGAAACACCAGCUGGAAUUACUGGGGAUAGCCAGAUUCGAUCUAUGACUUCGAGCUCUAGGGUUUCUCAGUUAGCUCCUGUGAAGCCAGAAGGAAACCAAGGGUUAAAUUUAUCAAAGCCAUAUUUGGGCAUCCCAGAAAAUAAUCAGUACUACUGGAGUGGAAAUACCUGGACAGAUUUAUCAGGUCUCAACUCUUCUUCCACUAGCCAUUUCUUAUGA